GGAGGUCAUGUAUAAAAUCAUCACAGAGAAACCUUCAGGAACGAUCUCCGGUCACCAGAAGAGUGAGAACGGGAAGAUCGAGUGGAACACCGAGAUGCCCGUCUCCUGCAGCCUCUCCAAGGGUCUUCAGAGCCUUUUGACCCCGGUGCUCGCCAACAUCCUGGAGGCGGAUCAGGAGAAAUGUUGGGGAUUCGAUCAGUUUUUCGCCGAAACAAACGAUAUCCUUCAUCGAACCAUCGUCAACGUGUUCAGCCUUCAACAAGCAACGCUGCACCAUAGCUACAUCCACCAGUACAACACGGCGGCGCUGUUCCAGGAGCUGUUGUCUCGGCGCUGCAGUAUCCCGCUCCACCACCAGGAGCUGCAUUACGAGGGCCGCCGCCUCGUGCUCGACCCGAACCGCCAGGCACAGGUUUUCCCCAAAACAUCCCGAGAAAACCCGAUCAUGCUGCUGAGCCGCGAGGCCGUCGCCACCGUGGGGCUCAUCUUCGAGGACC